AUGAACGCCCCGAGUAAUGCGCAGGGAAACAAGAUCGAGCCUACCGACCACUCUCCACCACAAAACACUAUGCCGUACACGAACUAUUUCGACAACCCCUACCUCAAUGAGCCGGCUCCGGACUACUCGCUCAACACCUUUUUCGACUCCGAUUCUUUCUUCGACCAGGCCUUGACGUCCGUAGAGGGUGUUACCGACACAUCGAAAGCGCAAGAAACAUUCGGCUCAACAUAUUCUGCGACAAACAUCCCAUCAAGAAGCAACGAACAACCUAUGACGCAAGCAUUCAAUUCACACCCUAGUCAACUUGGCCAAUAUCCAUUCAGCUUCGCGAUAAAUACGAGGCAAUUCCAACCGAACGAACCAGACAGCUUUUCCCCUACAAGCACAACGUCGCAACCCUCGUCAUUCAGUGGAGACGCGCCGCAACCGCUCAUAUCGCCUUCCCUUUCACCCCACAUGCUGAAGCGCGAAUCCCCAUCAUCGCCAACCUCUGCAUCCGAAUCGUCCACUCCCAAACGCCCCACGAGGAAGCGGGGUCGACCGAAGAUGGACCGUAGUAGCACCGACAACGAAAUCAUGACCUCUCCAACUACUACAAAAUAUCAGCGUUCGAAACGUCUACCACAUAACCAGGUUGAGCGCAAGUACCGAGAAGGGCUCAACUCGGAGUUGGAGAGGCUGAGAAGGUCCGUACCGAUAUUGAGGCAGAGCGACGAGGCUGGUGCGAUAGGGCAUCCGAAACCGAGCAAAGCGAUGAUUUUGUCAUCGGCGAUUGAGUAUAUUCAGAGUAUUGAGAAAGAGAGGGAUGCGCUGAUUGAAGAGAACGAUAGGUUACGGCGGGAGAGAUAUGAAGCGCCGGCGCAAAGCAAUUGGGACGGAAUGAACUUUUGA